CGGAAAAUUUCGGCUAAUUCAUGUUAGAUACGGACCGCGUCGGAUAAUCCACAAUUUUAGUUUGUUUUUCUGGUUUUCCAAAAUCACUGUGGUUUUGGUUCAGUCUUGAGAGAUAGAAGGAAGAAGAAGAAGGAAGCGAUGGGUUUCGUCUUAACCUGUACUUGUCCUCCGUCCUCCUCGCUUGUCGUCGUCUCUCAGCUUCACCAUCACCAGUUCUCCGCCGGAGUCAAAAGCUGUGAACUUUUGUCUCGUCCUCAGUUUUAUCCGACUCGUCGAAGAACCCUAAUUUCGAAAUCAUCUUGUUUCAAUCUCCCUCAAGAACCCAUUCUCUCCGAGGCUCUCAAGGAGCCAAUUGCAUUUUUGGGUGGUAUGUUUGCUGGAUUGCUAAGACUUGAUCUAAACGAAGAGCCGCUCAAGGAUUGGGUGACGCGCACAGUUGAAGCCUCCGGUAUCACAGAAGAGGAAGUGGAUGCAGAUGGGAUGGUUUCAAAUGAUGAAGAAUCUCCUCAACAGAUAGAGAUUGAAUGAGGUUUGCGUUUCUUUAGAAUGAUGAUGAUAUUUCCCUCUUUACAAUGUUACUCGUAUCUUCUCGCAAUUGUGAUUUUGGUUCUGCGAUGAAUCGUCUUUACCAUCUGCAAGGUCCUUUUGUAUGUAAAACCCUGUGUUUUUAUGUAAAAAAAAAGAAACAGAGAUUCAACACCAA